AUGGGAAAUAAAACAAAAGCUAACUCAGAAACUAAAGUGGCUAAGCCAGCUAGAUCUUUCCUCUGCUCAGUUUGUGGCAAGUGUUUUACCCAGAAUGCCAGUCUGAUUAUCCACCAGAGAACUCACACAGGUGAAAGACCCCAUGUGUGCAAAGUAUGCAACAAGAGUUUCAUCAGUAGUGCUUACCUCGUAAUGCACCAGAGAAUUCACACUGGAGAGCGUCCAUAUGUGUGCAACGAGUGUGGGAAAAGGAGAGUGCAUACAGGAGAGCGUCCCUAUGUGUGUACCGAGUGCAGCAAGAGCUUCCGCCACAGCUCUGAUCUCGUCAGGCACCAAAAAGUUCAUACCGGAGAACGGCCCUAUACCUGCACCGAGUGUGGCAAAUGCUUCUUCCGUAGUUCACAUCUCAUUAGACACAGGAGGGUUCACACCAAAAUUUAG